AUGUUUUCGAUUUGCAUAAUCGGUGAUUGUAUUCGCUUUAUUAGCCGUUGUGAUCUCCUGCUCACAGGCUUUCUAUUUUUAUUGGCAAUUGUCAACUUUUUCAUGCGGCUGCAAUUUCUUGACCGGUGGAUGCAUAAAACAAAGUUACUGGUAAAACAGAUACGAUUAGUUCGGAAAAAUUCAAAAAAGGUGUUAAUGGAACUACCCUUUCUCAUAGAAGAUAUGACCACUAUCCGGGAGCUGUAUAAAUAUAUCAAAGAUUUUACUGGUGGGCUCGACGGAGAGGAUAACAUUUUAGCAGGAGAUUACUGUUCUGAAAACUGUGUGGAAAAUUGCAUCAAAAACGGGACCAUGAAACUGGGUUCGGUUUUCACUGCGAAAGAUGUUCUUGUUGUUAACACAGACGAGGUCUCUAUUUUACGAACCGUCGGAUCAGUACACCACAAAAUGUCAGAUAGUGAUCAUUCUGGAUUGGGUUUAUCUGAAAAUCUAAGAAAUAUAUUAUUUAAAAGAAAAUAUCUCUGGACUGCUUUUGAUCAAUGGAUUAAUGAGGAACCGUCCGAGCGCCGUCAUCAAUUUGAAAUUAUUCGGUCAGCACUACUCGUUCCUUGUGAAUAUGCUUCUUUCGUGUUCAAUGGAAUAGGAGAAGAAGAAGAGCCCCCAAUGCGAAAAUUAACGAGUUUCAUGAACCAAACCGAAUUUCUACAAGCUCCCAGCUGGACAGUCCCGAGUAAAAGCAUUUUCGACAUCCUCAAGGAUAUUUUCAACACCGUUACGGAAUUUCAAUCAGAAAACGGCAUAAUUCAUGAUAUUUUCCUACUCAUGCUGAUUUCUUCUACACACUUCCGCGUACUCUCUCAAUUUUUUAUUGUUGGCUUGUGGCUCUUGAAAAGGUAUAAAGAGGAUGUAGGAAAAGUGUCAUCUGACGAGCUACUGACUCAAGAACAAAUGGAGGGACAAUUCCGUAAGUUUCGACGAACGAUAGAAGAACAAAGCAACGUUCUGGACCAAGAGCAGAAGACGGAUGAAAUUCAAAAGGAAUGGGAAACGCUUCCUGCUGUUUCUAAUUUAUAG